CAAGAAAAAAGUUUUGCUUUACCUUUGACCCCUCUCUCUCUCUCUCUCUCCUUUUUCUCUCUUUCUCUCUCUAAGCUACCACCAGCUCCCUAUCUACAGUGCUAUCUCUCUCUCUCUGCUAAAGCAACGAAGCUGUGUUCUGAUCCUUCAAAUUAGAUUCCACUUUUCCUCUUCAAGAUCCAUUUUUUAUACAAUUCUCUCAGGAUCACUCUCUUCAACCUGCUUCUGGUUGUUUGUUGUUUUUGGAGAGAUAAAUGGGUGCUGAGCCACUGGUUUGGUCAAUUUGAUCUUGAUUGAAAGUUUUUAGUAUUUCUGAUGGACUCAAAAACUAGCUCUAGAUCUCUUCCGAAACACCAUCAGAAGACGGCUGGAAUUCAAACUCUUGAGGCAAAAGACAACUGGUCUUCAGGGAAUCCAGCUUCCCUGAAAACAGGGAAAACGGAGCUGGCUGGUCCAGAGGAUUUAUCCAAGUCUGUAGGGAGCAUGUCCAAGCAGAAUACUGGGGAAACUGCUGAAAACAAGAAGUUAGGAGUUUCAAUCCAAAAGGGGUCUGCCGAAUCCUUGAGCAAUAAAAGUAGUUCUGGUGCUUCUUCAUCUGUUCUAGACAAGGCGGAUCGUGCUGUUAAUGAGAACAUAGGGUCACAGGAAAGCUCCAUUGACCAAGACAAAAAGACAUCGGAAUAUGGAAGUGUAAAGAACAGUUCUGUUUCUGCCAAAGUUAGUGAUGGGGCGAGCAGUCUUGCAAAGACAAGUGGAAGUGCCAAGAUUAGUGACAGAGCUGAUUUUGUUGAGAGUGGUAAGAGCAGUAUUUACAGAGGAAGCACGAGCAGUGAUGUGAGUGAUGAGAGUACUUGCAGUAGCUUUAGUAGCAGCAUAAACAAACCUCACAAGGCAAAUGACUUGAGAUGGGAAGCCAUUCAAGCAGUUCGAAGUAGAGAUGGGGUGUUGGGAUUAGGUCACUUUAGACUACUGAAGAGGCUGGGUUGUGGGGAUAUAGGCAGUGUUUAUCUCUCUGAGUUGAGUGGAACUAAAUGUUACUUUGCAAUGAAGGUAAUGGACAAAGGGUCCCUAGCGAGUCGCAAAAAGCUACUUCGUGCUCAGACAGAACGAGAAAUCCUGCAGUCUCUUGAUCACCCGUUUCUCCCAACUUUGUACACUCAUUUUGAAACUGAGAAAUUCUCAUGUUUGGUAAUGGAAUUCUGCCCAGGUGGUGACCUCCAUACUCUCAGGCAGAAGCAACCAGGGAAGCAUUUUCCUGAGCAGGCAGUAAAAUUUUAUGUAGCAGAGGUCCUUCUGGCUUUGGAGUACCUCCACAUGCUUGGGAUUGUCUACCGUGACCUUAAGCCAGAAAAUGUCCUUGUUAGGGACGACGGACAUAUUAUGCUCUCUGACUUUGAUCUUUCCCUCCGAUGUGCCGUGAGUCCAACCCUUGUGAAAACCUCAUCCACGGAUUCUGAGCCUUUAAGAAAGAACCCUGUUUACUGUGUCCAACCUGCAUGUAUUGAACCACCUUCCUGCAUCCAACCAUCCUGUGUUGCCCCCACCACAUGCUUUUCACCCCGCCUCUUCUCCAGCAAAUCAAAGAAAGACCGAAAGCCAAAAACUGAAAUUGGCAACCAAGUGAGCCCAUUACCUGAGCUGAUUGCAGAGCCUACCGAUGCUAGGUCCAUGUCAUUUGUCGGAACUCAUGAAUACUUGGCACCUGAGAUCAUCAAGGGUGAAGGUCAUGGCAGUGCAGUUGAUUGGUGGACUUUUGGGAUCUUUCUUUACGAGCUGUUGUUCGGAAAAACUCCUUUCAAGGGAUCCGGCAACCGAGCCACACUGUUCAACGUCGUGGGUCAGCCGCUGCGUUUUCCAGAAGCACCUGUUGUGAGUUUUGCAGCAAGAGAUCUCAUAAGGGGGUUGCUUGUGAAAGAACCCCAGCACAGAUUGGCAUACAAAAGAGGUGCAACUGAGAUAAAGCAACACCCUUUUUUUGAAGGUGUGAACUGGGCAUUGAUCAGAUGUGCUACUCCACCUGAGAUCCCAAAGGCUGUGGAGUUUGAGAAGAUACCCUCCCCAGCCUCAUCAGGUGGUGCUGGUGAAAAGGCUGUUAAUCACAUGUCAAUAGCUAAUCAGAAAGGUUCUGAUAAUUAUCUGGAGUUUGAUUUCUUCUAG